UCGUAGCCAACGGAAGUAGAUUUAUGCUCUUCGCAUGCACUCCGUUGCUCGACGUCCGUCCAUGAAAGACGUCCAUUCCUUUUUUAAAAUAAAUUCUACCAUUAAAUUCAACGCGUUUCCUGAUUUGUGUUGCCUAAAUCAGGAUGAUUGAACCCAAGAAGAGAGCGGCGGACAUGGCGGUGGUUCCGACCGCCGUGAAGCGGCCCCGGACGGAGCUGGUGGCGGCGGCGCAGUCGCAGCAACUCGUGGCGAUGGGUCCCCCACGGAGCUCGAGCCUGCAGGCUCCAAUUAUGCUGAUGUCUGGCCACGAGGGCGAGGUUUACUGCUGCAAGUUUCACCCCAAUGGAGCCACGCUGGCCUCCUCAGGAUUUGACAGGCUCAUAUUAAUGUGGAAUGUAUACGGGGAUUGUGACAAUUAUGCCACUCUGAAGGGCCACAGUGGAGCAGUGAUGGAGCUCCACUACAACACAGAUGGCAGCAUGCUGUUUUCGGCGAGCACAGACAAGACUAUAGGUGUGUGGGAUAGUGAAACAGGCGAGAGGAUCAAGCGUCUGAAGGGCCACACCUCCUUCGUUAACACCUGCUACCCCGCUCGCCGAGGGCCCCAGCUCGUCUGCACCGGCAGCGAUGACGGGACAGUCAAGCUGUGGGACAUUCGUAAGAAAGGGGCGAUCCACACUUUCCAGAAUACCUACCAGGUGCUAGCCGCAACGUUUAAUGACACCAGUGAUCAGAUCCUGUCGGGAGGCAUCGACAACGACAUCAAGGUGUGGGACCUGAGGCAGAAUAAGCUGAUAUACAAUAUGCACGGCCAUGGGGACUCAGUAACUGGACUCAGUCUGAGCUCUGAGGGGUCAUACCUUCUCUCAAACUCCAUGGACAACACUGUGCGUAUUUGGGAUGUCCGACCGUUUGCACCCAAGGAGAGAUGCGUGAAGAUUUUCCAGGGCAACGUUCACAACUUUGAGAAGAAUCUGCUGAGGUGCUCCUGGUCUACUGACGGCAGUAAGAUAGCUGCCGGCUCAGCCGACAGGUUUGUGUAUAUCUGGGACACCACAUCACGUAGAAUCCUCUACAAGCUGCCGGGCCACGCCGGUUCUGUCAAUGAAGUGGCCUUUCACCCAGAGGAGCCUAUAGUAUUGUCUGGCGCCAGUGACAAAAGGCUCUACAUGGGAGAAAUUCAGUAGAGUGUGUGUCUGUGUGUGUUUGUGUGUGUGUGUGUGUGUGUGUGUCCUACCUUGGAAAUGGAUGGGUGCUGUUCAACAGUGGGUUAGGAGUCUCUAAUUUCAAGAGCUUCAGCUUGUCACAGAACAACCUCAGGAUGUGUGUUUGAAGUUUAUUAUCAGUCACAACCAGCUCCGCCACGACUUAUUAUUUUUUUUAAACAUUUGAUUUGUUUCUUUAUAAUAAACUUGAGUAUUCUUUAAAA